CUAAGAUGGCGUGUAGCACAGGCAGGAUGAACGGUGGCUAACAAGCUAGCUGAACCUCUGUCAACUUUAUGGUGUGAUUUUUCAAAUUAAACACAUCAUCUAUAAACCCAAUUACAACUGGACUGUACCUAACAAGGAUCUUAUCAACGACUCUACACUUUGAAUAGACACAGAAACAGCGAUCGCUGGGAUGGGCUGAAAAGAGGAGGCCGCAGAACUGCAGCCACCCAGAGAGUGACCCAGUGCCGAACAAUAGACCCUGUGACCAUUCAAGACACCGACCAGCCAGGUCAUAUUUAAUCAGAUUUGGUCAUUAUUAUCUCCGAAUCAACAAUUGUCGUUUCUGAAGAAGUACCCCGACGAAGCACCAACUCUUUUACAACAUGGCGAUGGAGGGCGAGGAUUUUGUGCCGCCGCCAGAGUGUCCAGUCUUCGAGCCGUCAUGGGAAGAGUUCACCGAUCCGCUUGGGUACAUCGCCAAGAUCCGUCCAAUCGCAGAGAAGUCCGGCAUCUGCAAGAUCAGACCACCUGCUGACUGGCAGCCGCCAUUUGCUGUUGAGGUUGACAACUUUCGCUUCACCCCCCGAAUACAGAGACUCAAUGAGCUGGAGGCUGAAACGCGAGUGAAGCUCAACUAUCUGGACCGGAUUGCCAAGUUUUGGGAGAUCCAGGCGUCCUCCCUCAAGAUUCCUAACAUUGAGAGACGCAUCCUGGACCUUUACAGUCUGUCCAAGAUCGUUACAGAAGAGGGGGGCUUUGACCUGGUCAGUAAGGAACGGCGAUGGGCCCGCGUGGCUCAGAAGUUGGGCUACCCCCCGGGCAAGAACAUCGGCUCCCUCCUAAGGUCGCACUACGAGAGGAUCGUUUACCCCUUUGAGGUGUUCCAUUCUGGCGCCAGCUUACCGACGUGUAAGCCACGGCUCUUUGACAGUGAGGAGGUGGACAGGGAGUACAAGCCCCACUCCAUUCCCCUGCGCCAGUCCGUCCAGCCUUCUAAGAUGAGCAGCUACGGACGACGGGCCAAUCGGCUGCAGCCGGAGGGUGCGGAAGAUCCGAACCCCCACCCCCCCACCACAGGCUCUCAACACAUCUCCUCGCCGGAACCCACUGAGGAGGACAUCGAGAAGAACCCUGAGCUGAAGAAGCUGCAGAUCUACGGAGCUGGGCCCAAGAUGAUGGGGCUCGGCCUGGUGCCCCGGGAUAAGGCCCGCAAGAAAGACGAGCUGCCUCAGACGCUGACGGUGCGCGACGGCGGGGCCGCGGUUAAGGAGGAGCCCGGCGAGAUGCGGGUCUCGGAGGGGGACCCCAACGUCCCGGUGCCCCCUCCCAGCCUCACGGUGAAGGAGGAGGUGAAGCGCGAGGAGGCGGACGGAGACGUGAGCCUGAAGGAGGAGCAGGAGGAGGAGUCCGGCGGAGACGAACCCUGCACCAAGAUGACCAUGAGGCUCAGGCGCAACAUCAACAACCCACAGUUUGUGAGUGUGCCUCAGGAGGUGGACUCGUUUGUGUGUCGGAUGUGUGGCCGUGGCGACGACGACGAGAAGCUGUUGCUGUGCGACGGUUGUGAUGACAACUACCACACUUUCUGCCUCCUUCCCCCCCUCACAGACCCCCCCAAGGGCAACUGGCGAUGUCCGAAGUGUGUGGCCGAGGAGUGCAAGCGUCCAGCGGAGGCAUUUGGCUUUGAGCAGGCUACGCGGGAGUACACGCUGCAGAGCUUCGGCGAGAUGGCGGACACCUUCAAAGCGGACUACUUCAACAUGCCGGUCCAUAUGGUGCCCACGGAGCUGGUGGAGAAGGAGUUCUGGCGCCUGGUCAGCAGUAUUGAGGAGGACGUGACUGUGGAGUACGGCGCCGACAUCCACUCCAAGGAGUUCGGCAGCGGCUUCCCGGUCAACAACGGCAAGAGACACCUCAACACAGAGGAGGAGGAGUAUGCCCGCAGUGGUUGGAACCUCAACGUGAUGCCCGUUCUGGAGCAGUCCGUCUUAUGCCACAUCAACGCUGAUAUCUCGGGCAUGAAGGUGCCCUGGCUCUACGUAGGCAUGGUGUUCUCAGCCUUCUGCUGGCACAUUGAAGAUCACUGGAGCUACUCCAUCAACUACCUGCACUGGGGCGAGCCCAAAACGUGGUACGGCGUGCCAUCGUUUGCGGCGGAGCAGCUGGAGGCGGUGAUGAAGAAGCUGACGCCAGAGCUGUUUGAGUUCCAGCCAGACCUGCUGCACCAGCUGGUCACCAUCAUGAACCCCAACAUCCUCAUGGCCCACGGAGUACCGGUGGUACGCACCAACCAGUGUGCAGGGGAGUUUGUGAUCACGUUCCCCAGGGCCUACCACAGUGGCUUCAAUCAGGGAUAUAACUUUGCUGAAGCCGUCAACUUCUGCACUGCCGACUGGCUUCCUGCGGGGCGCUCUUGUAUCGAGCACUAUCGCCGCCUGCGCCGCUACUGCGUGUUCUCCCACGAGGAGCUCACCUGCAAGAUGGCCGCCUGCCCCGAGAAACUGGACCUCAACCUGGCCGCCGCAACGCAUCGGGAGAUGUUUAUCAUCGUCCAGGAGGAGAGGAAGCUACGCAAGGGCCUGCUGGAACAGGGCAUCACGGAGGCGGAGCGGGAGGCCUUUGAGCUGCUUCCAGAUGACGAGCGCCAGUGUGAUAAGUGCAAGACCACCUGCUUCCUGUCGGCUCUGGCCUGCUCCAACUGCCCCGAGCGCCUCGUCUGCCUCUACCACACGCAGGACCUGUGCAGUUGCCCCUCCGACAAACUCUACCUCAGGUAUAGGUAUACUCUGGAUGAGCUGUUGGCCAUGUUGCAUAAGCUGAAGGUGAGAGCGGAGUCGUUUGACUCGUGGGCCAAUCGCGUGAAGGAGGCGUUGGAGCAGGAAGAGGGCAGUAAAAAAAGUAUUCAGGACCUGGAGGCGUUGAAGGAGGAGGCUGCAGAGCGGAAGUUUCCAGAUAACGAGCUCUUGCAGCGACUCACCACAGUCUUACGCUCGGUGCAGGAGUGCCAGACCACUAGCACUGAGCUGCUGAACAAGACACAGAGCAGGCGGAUGACUUUUCAGGAGCUGAAGAGUCUGGUGGAGAGGAUGCAGAAUCUGCCGUGUGUCAUAAGCCAGCGGGAGGAGGUGCAGGCGGUGCUGCGGACGGUGGAGGAGUUCGAGUCGCGUGCCCAGGCGCUGGUGAGCGCGGGCGGGGCCGAGUGGAGCCAGGACCCCCCUCCGGCGGCCGAGGAGCUGCGCCUGCUGCAGGAGGAAGGGGCCGCGCUGGCCGUGGAGCCUCCGGCGUGCGCCACGCUGCGGGGCCUCCAGGGCCAGGGCCGCUGGCUGGGCGAGGUGCGGCGCACGCUGGGGCCCCAGGGGGGCGGAGGAGGGACGGCGGCGGCGGCCGAGGUGUCGCUGGAGGUGCUGCGGGCGCUGAUGGAGGCCGGCUGCAACGUGCCCCAGAGCGCGCAGGUGGAGACGGCCAUGGCAGAGCUGCAGGAGCUGCUGACCAUCGCCGAGCGCUGGGAGGAGAAGGCGCAGAUCUGCCUGGAGCACAGGCAGAAGCACCCCCUCUCUACGCUGGAGGCCAUAGUGAACGAGGCCCAGCUCAUCCCUGUGCAGCUGCCCAACAUCCUGUCCCUACAGGGCUGCCUGAGCAGAGCCAAGGCCUGGGUCACGGACCUGGAGGAGAUACAGAACGGUGAGCACUACCCGUGUCUGGACGACCUGGAGGGUCUGGUGGCGAUUGGCCGAGACCUGCCGGUGCACAUGGAGGAGCUGCGGCAGCUGGAGCUGCAGGUGGCGGCCGCCCACUCCUGGAGGGACAAGGCCACCAAGACCUUCCUGAAGAAGAGCAGCCAGCACAGCCUGCUGGAGGUGUUGUGUCCUUGUGUGGAGAAGAGGAAACCAAAGGGGACGGGCUCCUCUGAGCGCUCUGACCGAGAGGCCGACGUACUGGGCCUCACGGCGCAGGACCUCCGAGACCCCGGAGCCAUCGUCCAAGCUUUCAAAGAGGGCGAGCGGCAAGAGAAGGAGGCGUUGCUACGGUUACAGCAGCUCAACCUGGCCAAGCCCGGUCUGGACAAAACGGCCAAUGAGAAGGUGGAGAGGAGGUGGAGUGACAGCAUGGACACACAGGACACACCCCUCUCUUCCUCCUCCUCUUCCUCGUCGGAGGACUCUCUCCCGCCACCUCACCAGAACGGACACAGCCGGGGAGGCGGCGGCGACGGCGGCAGCAACGGCGUGGGCCCGACGGACUCGUCCCCCGGCCAAUCGGUGUGUGUGUGCGGCGCGCCGGCCCGCCCCCCGCUGCAGCGCUGCCACCUGUGCAGAGACUGGUUCCACGGCGGCUGCGUGCCGUUCCCCUCGCCGCUCUCGCCGCCGGCGGCCGCCCGCAGCCCCCUCUGCUGGUGGGAGUGGGACACGCGCUUCCUGUGCCCGCGGUGCCAGCGCUCGCGCCGCCCGCGCCUGGAGACCAUCCUGGCGCUGCUGGUGGCGCUGCAGAAGCUGCCGGUGCGGCUGCCCGAGGGCGAGGCGCUCCAGUGCCUCACCGAGCGCGCCAUCACCUGGCAGGGCCGCGCCAAGCGCGCGCUGGAGACCUCCGAGCUGCGGGGGGCGCUGAGCAGGCUGCAGGAGCUCUGGCACAGGCAGGACGCCGCCGCCGCCGACGGGGAGAGGAAGGAGGAGGAGGGCCACGGCGGGGAGGAGCGGCGGCAGAGGGGAGGAGGAGGAGAAGAGGAGGACGAGGACGACGAGGAGAAGGACAAGGAGAAGGGGGGCAAGAAGGGGAGCGACGUGAUCGUGCUGUCGGACUCGGAGGGAGGGGAAGGGGAGGACGGCGUGAUUGACCUCACGGAGGACAAGAACUCGCCCCAGAAGGCCAGUAAGACGAAUGGCUGUGAGAACGGCAUUAAGAAGAAGGCAACAUCACACAAAAUCACAGGUGUGGAGUCUCUGAUCCCUAUGGUGGGCCAUCUGGAGGGUCCGGUGAUCGAGCUGUCGUCCAGCACCCGUACCCAGCUGGAGGAGCUCCGGCUGGAGGGAGACCUGCUGGAGGUCACCCUGGACCAGACACACACCAUCCACACGGUUCUGCAGGCCGCCAGCAAACCCCCACGGCAUGAACUACACACACUCCUACAGAUUGAGCUCCAGGGCCAGAGGAGUUUAGGUCGCAGUGGGAAGACAAAGGACAAGAGGAAGAGGAAGAGCCAGCGGGGAGAGAACGGCCUCUCAGAGACGAAGAAGACUCGCCCGCUCAGCAACACACACACCCUGACACACCCAGAGAUUCUGUGAUGUGUGGCUGUGUGCUCUGAGGGCGGUUUUGAGGGCAGUGGAGCACUCGACAGGACAGGAGAAGAGUUCCUCUGGGCCCCUACACACACACACGCGCACGCACACACACACGCACACAACCGAGAGGAUUUCAUGCAGGACACACACUUCUCCAUCUCCACUUCUUAAGCUAUCACACUCAUGUUACACAUAAACACACACACAUGCACACACAAACAUGUAUCUGUAUUUAAGUUAAGAUUAUUUUUUUUUUCUUUUGAAUGUUUAUGUCUCCAUGAAGUCCUGCAUUAGACACUCCUCUGGUUUAUUCUUUAUUCCCCUCCUUCCUUUUGCCCAACCACACUCCACCAACCUGUCUCCCUCUCUGUCUCUCUCUCUCGCUCUCUGUCUCCCUCUCCAUCUGUCUCUCUCUUUAUCUGUCUCUCUCUCUCUGUCUCUCACCCCCCCCCCCCCCCCCUCUUCCUCCCCCCUCCCACACUGCAUCUCUGUCUGUCUGUGGGUGCGUAGGCCAUGUCUAUGCGCCUUGGUCUGCCUCUGCUCUGUGAGGAUUAUGGGGAUUAAAGGCCCUGAGGUCAGCCUGCACUGAGUCGGUCAGUGCGCCGUGUUCUCUUCAGUGUUCCAAGCUGUGUUCUAGAACACUUGUGUUUCGGAGGAGAAGACAAACAGCUCCAGCUCUCGUUUGUAUUUGUUUUUAUCGAGGGUCUGGAAGACGUGUACACACACACACACUCUCUCUCGCUCACAGACACAAACACACACUCACACACACACACACAGAAACACACGUGUAUACAGACCCGGAGGGAUGGCGACACAAUGAAAAAGUGUGUAUUUUCGUUUCUCGUCUGGAGUCUCAUGUUUAUAGAGGCUGUUGAAGAGGAGAAGAUGUAUCUUGAAUUUAAUAAAAAUAAAAAAAAGAGCAGUAGAAUAUUUUGGGAAGUGUGAAAACAGGAAUUUUAUGUUUUUGGUGCUACUUUCCCAAAAUAGUUCUCAUUUUCUUCUUUUUCAUCCUUUGGUUCGCUUUAUUUCACUCAUUCUUUCCGUCUCUCUCUCUCUCUCUCUCUCUCUCUCUUUCUUUCUCUCUCUCUCUCUCUCUCUCUCUCUCUCUCUCCUGCUCAUUUGACUCUAAUAUGAGAUUUCUUGUUUCUCUAAAACUGAUAUUUUCCUCCUUUAUUUCCUUGCACUUUUUUAUUCCUCUUCUGUCUAUGCCUCCAUCUCUCGCUCUCUCUCUCCCUCUUCAGAAACUCCCCUGUGUAUAAAAUCUUGACUGUGACUCACAUUCUCCUCAUUUUAUUUGGUCCCUGGGUUAUAAUGACUAUAUUAUAUUAUUAUUAUUAUUAUUAUUAUUACUGGUAUUGAUAUUGCAGACACGCAGUUGUCGUGAGUUUGUGUAUAAACAUUUUCAUUUCAAUGUUGCCUUUUUGUUUCUUUUCACUCUUGUUAGGAAAAUAAAAAAAUUAGACUUGUUUUAGGAA